UGUGCAAGCAUCAACCAAUAAUCACAAUGGGCGGCGGAGCACGAUUCCCUUACCCGAAGCACGUUUGGUCGCCAUCAGGUGGAUGGUGGUCUCAACCCAAGAACUGGAAAAUGAACACCGCGCUUACCAUGGGUGCCAUCCUCCUGAUUAACGUGUGGGUCUUUAAGAAGAGUGCUGAGCUCGAGAAGAGAUAUAACAACCCAUCUCGAUGGAUCCCAUCAAUGUUGUGGUCUAAGGAGUUCCUGGACGGUAAGUGGAAGGUUGGAGACGAGACGGAGGAUCAGAAAGACAACUUCAAAUGA